AUGACAGUAAGUCUCAAACAAAACCUGAUCCAAGGCGGUGUUUCACACGAAGCUAUCGUGCUUCUCAGCAACAGCUUGCCGUCCGUUCCCACCGUAGACACGCCGACCACCACAUCGGAGACCGAGUACGUAGAUGGCUUCCACGAGAAGAGAACAGCCAGUUCCGAGUCUUCUGAUGAGAGUGGCUUUCGUGGACUCCACAGAGGAAGCGAAGAUCCUGUGUGGGACAACACAGACACCCUUUCAGAGGAUGAGGGCUUCCUGCCAGACGUGCCGUCCUGGUCACAGGAACGCCUAGUAAAGGAAAAGUCGAGCCCAGAAGACACACCAGAGCAUCCAGAUCGUGUCAAGGUCUCAUGGAACCUCCGGCAGUAUCAUCUCUCCGGCAUGGUAGCAUGGCGCAUCAAGAACGGUGGGGCGCGCAAUCUUGUCAUCCGUGGGUAUAGACAUGAAAAGAGCGAGAAGGCAAUCCGCGAUGAUCUCGAUCAUAUCCACAACCUCGUCGUGAUCAAGGUCGAGUUCAACAAGGGUGGCUGUUACAUCAGUACAAACUCUGUCUUCGCGGCGUCUUUUGCCAAGAAGACCUGUAUGAUGAGCCGAUUAAAGUACAAGGGAUGUCGUAUAGACUUCGCUCCAGACGAAUGCGCACAGCCACUGGAGCGCACAACCCCCUCCCAGUGUUCCAUACCACCACGUCUAGACGGUGCCAAGGACUUCGCGAACGGAAACAGGUUCGCGUUGCUCGACAUAGCCGGGUUUUGA